GCUCUCCCACUUCUAAAGCGGCUGCCGGCUGUUGCUUAGCUUUCCUGUCGCUGUAGGGAGAUUCAGUGUUACUUUCCUCGGCGCGGUCCAAUUUCUCCUCUUCCGUGCCUGGAGCAAGAGAGGGAGUCCAACUGCAGGGAGUUCCGCAGAUUCAGAUUAUGUGAAGAUGAAUAGGAAAGUGCAGCAAGCAUGACAUCUCUGGCCAACAUCAUUCCUUCCCCACAGUCUGAGUGGGUCUCCUUCAGUGACGGCCUUCACCGUUCUGUUACUUCCCAAGGUCAUACUAGGGAGCCACUUGAGAGAUUUUUUUCCUCCUCUGAUACUUCCUCUGAAGGCAUCCAAAAUCUAGAUGGAGAACUGCCAAGUUUUUCACAUGCUGAAUUGGGAGAAAGAAUAAACAAAACAACUGUAGGUCUUGAUCUGCCUUCAUCCUUCAGCACAUGGGUCCAGUUUGAAGAUGCACCUUGGACCAACAAUUCACCAGAGCAUCCACAUACAGACUCAUCUCCAAAAGUAUUUUGUUGGAUGUGUCCUUCUUUGGGAUAUUCUGAGAGACAACCUCUUACUUCAGAGAGCAGCUGGACAACUACUUCAGAGAACAGUAGCAGCCCAAGUAUCACCCCUUCCUACACUGAUCUUCAAUCAAUAAAUACAGAGGAUUUGACUAGUGGAAGAGCAUCUGCUGAAGACUCAACUGACAAUUCUUCAUCUCUUCUUGAAGAUGAGGAGCUAGGAAUGGAGGCCACCAGCUGGCAGCUGAACAACACAUCCAUUAAUGGCCACGGUGAAAGUGCAACCACAGCCCGUUUCCCCAGCUGGGUGACCUUUGAUGACAAUGAAGUUAGUUCCACUUCUCCAAUAACUACAUCUCCUGUGAAACAAGAUUCUUCAUCGUUAUCAGAAGGAGCAACAACAGCAACCACACAGGUCAUAGAUGUGAACACUAGUACCCCUUUAUCCUUUAAAAAAAGGGAACGCCCCAAGAGCACCUUGAGUGAUUUUUCUAAAGUUCAGAAGCUCGACCUUUCUUCCAUCACCUUGCCAUCAGUUGGGGGAACACCGCCCUGGAGUGCUACUAAUCCUUUCCUUGAUGUAUCACUAAAGGAUGUUCAACCUUCUCCUAUCAAUCCAUUCAGUUCUUUCUUUGAGGAAAGGGAUAGACGUACCCAAGGCAACUCUCUCUCUGGAAACACUAGUAAAAAGCAGAGAGAUUCUCUUCUUAUCCUUCAUCAGGAACCUGAUUCCAUUAGCUUCAAUGAGCCAAGUACACACCUCAGACAUAGAGAUGCUAUUGAGCAACUCAAGCAGCUCCAUAUUGGUGAUCCAGAUCAACUGAACAGCCUCAGUCUGCCAGAUGAUGACCCUACAAUCUCCACUGAGCUCUAUAAUACCAUGUCCACUUUGGGGCCACCUCAGCAAAAAGAUGGCUGGCCAAUGAUGCUGAGGAUACCAGAAAAGAAGAAUAUAAUGUCUUCUAGGCACUGGGGUCCAAUAUAUGUCAAACUGAAAGACAGAAGAUAUUUACAACUCUUCUAUGAAAAGGGAUUGGAAAAGCCUUUUAAGGAAUUCAAGCUUGAAAUAAAUCAUGAGGUUUCAGAGCCCAAGCUUCAAAAUUAUGAUGAAAAUGGAAGGAUACACAGUGUGAGAAUAGACCGUGUUACUUACAAAGAAAAAAAGAAAUACCAGCCAAAGCCAGCUGUUUCUCACAUAGCAGAAAAGGAACAGGUUAUUAAGCUAGGCACCACCAAUUAUAAUGAUUUCCUUAGUUUUAUCAGGGCUGUUCAGGAUUCAUUGAUGGAUUUGCCUGCUUCCUCAACAGAUUUAAGUACAGUUGGACUUAAUUACCAAGAGGAAGAAAUCACUGUUGACGUAAAGGAUGAAUUCUAUGGAAUUUUGGCCAAAGGAGACAACAGGAUCUUGCAGUAUAAUGUAUUGACACGAGUACACGUGCUCAGCUUUCUUUCUGGACUGGCAGAGUGUAGGCUGGGCCUCAACGACAUUCUUAUUAAAGGGAAUGAAAUUGUUUUGCGGCAGGACAUCAUGCCCACAACCACUACCAAGUGGAUUCAAUUGAAUGAUUGCCAUUUCCAUUCAUGUGUGGAUGAAGAGGCAUUUGCCAGUGCCCGUGUCAUUAUGUUUAACCCUUUGGAUGCUUGCCGGUUCGAACUGAUGCGCUUUAGGAGUGUCUUUUCUGAGAAGACCAUGCCUUUUACUCUAAGGGUUACGGCUAGUGUCAAUGGUGCUGAGGUAGAGCUUCAGAGCUGGCUGAUGAUGUCACCAGGGUUCUCAUCCAACAGAGAUCCUCUAAGUCAAGUCCCCUGUGAAAAUGUGAUGAUUCGUUAUCCUGUGCCGCAUAAGUGGGUGAAAAACUUCCGGAGAGACAGUGUCCUUGGGGAGAAGUCCUUGAAAGCAAAGGUGAACAAAACUGCUAGCUUUGGAUCCACCAGCGUGUCUGGCUCUGAGCCAGCAAUGAGGGUAACACUAGGAACUGCCAAAUACGAGCAUGCUUUCAAUUCCAUUGUGUGGAGGAUAAAUCGCCUACCUGAUAAAAAUUCUGCUGCAGGUCAUCCUCAUUGCUUCUUUUGCCAUCUGGAACUUGGCUCAGACCGGGAAGUGCCUUCUCAUUUUGUCCGCUAUGUGGAUGUAGACUUUGAUAUGCCAGCAAGUUCAGCAUCCAAGGCUGCCAUUCGGUCCAUCUCUGUGGAAGGCAAGACUGAUGUGAGGAAGUGGGUGAAUUAUGCAGCACAUUACAAUUAUAAGGUGGGAAUAGAGAGGAAAAAAAGCUUGAAUCCAGAUAAUUUGGGAGAAGACGGCGAUAAUGUCAAGGAAUGUGCUGUGCAAUGAAAGGAAGAAGUAGCUAUCUGAAAAGAAUAGAAGCAACAAGAAUUGAAGAACAAGGAAUGCCAUGCCUCCCUUCUGUAGUCCGAAGAACCAAGAAGUAUUUGAAGUGACAUUUUGCUCUCUGAACAUACUUAAAAAAUUCUUUUGGGAUAUGUUUGCUGAGUAGUUUGGGUAGAAUUACACUAAGUAUAUAGGCUUGCAGUGCACUCAAGCCUGUUUUCAUCUGUUCCAGUAUACUUUUUAGAGCAAAAUAACUGUAUUUUGUCAGCUACAGUUGUCAAAAUUCUAGUCUUGUUAAGUAUUUUCCAACCAUACACUUACAUACUGAUAACUGGUAAUUCAGUCUUCAGUGGAGUUUUUCCAGGUGAUCUGCAACAGCCCUGGGGAUGGGAGGUGUUGAAGAGACACCAUGAUAUCAACCUUUCCAUGUUUCUUUCAUGCCUAUGGCUCUCUGUGAGAAAUUCUAAACAACCUUUCCUAUCAGCUAUUGGUAGGUAGAGAGAGCCAUUGGGAACUCCAGAUGAAAGACACAUGAUCUCAGUUUUCCUGUAUGCCAUCUUUGAGGAAGAAUAUUUAAAUAUUGUAUACUUCCCUUGGCAAAUCAGAAACCUUUUAUGCAAUUUACUGAAAUACCAGAGUUAUUCUUUAGACAUGAUUUAGUUAUAGUUACCAGUUAAAAGGGACUAGGUGACUUUUGGAUCACUCUUACCUGGGAAGAUACUGAGGGGAAAGUAGAUUUAAUCUCAGUUAGAUGUUUAGCUAGGCUGGUUACUAUGUGUUCCCCAAAUCAUUACCAUACUGCAUACAUUAAUAUGCUGAACUUUUAAGUUUUGAUGAUGUUGGUAAAAAAAUUGGUCAACUUUUAUAAAUGCUGAUAAUGCUACUUUCAAAUUCUGUUUUAACACUACAUUUUAUUUCCGAGAUACUUCAAAGAAAUAAUUACUAUCUUACUAAACAAUUAAUGGUAUUACUUUAUACAAGGUAGACAUAGUGGCAUUACAGAGGUUUUUAUGAAUUCUUGUGUCCACACAGUCUUUUUCAUAGAGAUGAAAACUUGACUUCUUGAAAAAAAAUCUCUGUUUAUAGUUGUUUUUUAAAGAAUCAAGUUUCUAAUUUUCCAAUUUCUGGGAAUAUUCCUAAACAUGUCUGGACAUAUCUUUGAAGAAUUUUCUAUGAGUACACAUUGGAGCUUCAGUAUUCUCCAUAUCCUUUUUAAUCCCCCCUGAAGUAAAAGUUACCAAUUGCUAUAGGAGUUGUAGUCCAAUAUAUUGGGAAGAGCACCAAGUUGGGGAGCUGUACAUAUCUAUAAUCAUACUUUCUGUCAAGCAAGAAUUUAGAGUAUUUUUGCAUGGGUAUUGAUAUGUUUGUAUGAGUACAGAAAAUUCUGGUGGGCAUCUUUACUUCUGAAAAUGCCCGCCACAGUUGCCGGCAAGACAUCAGGAAAUCUGAUGUCUAGACCAGUUACUCAACCCUGAAGCACAACACUGCCCAAUAGAUAGUGCCAUGAAAGCCUACACACAGAAUCCUGUCUAAAAUAUUCUAGUGCUCUAAUAAAUCCCAGUUUUAAAUAAAUUACUAGGGCCAGAUUAGAUGCAAAUUUCACAUAUUUUGUCUUAUAGACCAUAUUAUUCUGGAAAAUGGGCUUGAUGAUGAAAUUACUGUCCAAUCGCUUGUAUAAGGAGGGGAAGCUGUAAUUGGUGCUUACUCAUAGGCCAACAAUUUCAGAAGAGAAUAUGUGGAAGUCAGGGGUGAAUUCUAGAAUCCUUGCUGCUCUCUGAGCUUAGUUGCUUGCUUACAGUUGUUUCAUUACCCAACUAAAUAAUAACAUCAAUGCAAAUACAGUAAGUGUGGGCUUUGCUGUUUGUAUACUGUUUAUAUACAGUAGCUUGCCCUGUCAGCUUUGGUGAUUUUUCUGUUGGUAGUUCUUUAAGCAGGGUAUUGUUUUCUGCUUGAUUGUUUGCCUGGUGUUAUUCCUUGUUUAUUUGGCUGUUGGCUGCUGGAGAGAAUAUAUUCUUAUCUUUUUUAUUUCUUCUUAUCUUUUUUAUUGUCUCAUUUGAACGGUAUAUAAAUGUGAUUUAUCUCUAUGUGUCUAUUGAUGGCUGGUUUGUCUGAUUGCCAAAUGUCCAGGAAUUCCCUAGCACUUUUGGAUUUAGUUUGUCUAAGAUGCUCAGAGUUUCCCAGUUGAAACUGUGGUUGAGUCAGCCCAUGUGUUGUGUUGUGAGAUUAAGGAGUUUUCAUGUCUUCUGACUGUUAAUUGGUGUUCAUGGAUGUGCUCUGUUAGUUUUCUGUUUGUCUGUCCUCCAUAGUAACUGUUACAAUCUUUACACCAUAUAUUAUAGAUGACUCUACAACAUACAUCUGUAGCAUACAGUGAAUCUUCUAUAACAGGGUAAAGAAUGGAACUGCCACUAUGUACCCACUGGAAAGAGUGCAAAGCCAUAGUCAACUUUUCACGACUGCUUUGAUUCAAGAACUAAUUUUUCUGUAGUGUAUUUUAACUUUUGUUCUUGGUUUAUGUUCCAGACUAUUUGGUCUUCACUUUUGAGUUGCCUGGCUUGUUUUCAUCUGCCCUUCUUUGCUAUAUCUUACUUUUCACUGACUGUGUGAGAAAUAAUUCUCGCAAUACCGAUAACGUCCCUUUGUAAUGAUAUAGCAUUUUCUCAUUUGGGUAAACUGUGUAGGACAAAAGGCCCAUUGAUGUCCAUUACUGACUUCAUAUCAUCUAGCACAUCAAGAAGCACAUCUGCCUAUGUCUCCUAGCUGCAUUGAGCUGAAUAUUGUUUACUGUGGUUGGUUUGCACAUUUAGUUGCAAAUCACAAUAUUUAUAAAGUAUUUAAAUAUUAUGCAAGCUUGUCUGAACCAGCCCUUCAACUUCAUUUAAAAUCUGCCUCAAAAAUUGAUGAAUGCCUUUUUCAGUGAAUACUAAAGCAUGAGGUUAAGUGGAAGUCUUUAAAAAUACUUAUUUCACACACUGAUAUAUGGGUGUGGCAGAAUAUUCAGGAAGCCUAAUUAGAUUUUACCUAAUCUCAGAGAAAAUGAUUUGGGGUAGGGAAAUGGACAUGGGGAAAAUUAUUUCUAUGUAAUGUAGUACGUGGCCCAUUGGGGAGUUUAAAAUGUAAAUAUUAACAUAUUUUUAAGGGUACUCAGAAGUUAUUCUUCCCUUGGUGAUCAAGUUUAAUGUGGUCUGAGCAGUCAGUCCCUUUCAGAAUAUAUCAUUAUGAAGAAUGCACUAACAACAGUUAAGGUAUAAGAGAAUAUGUGAUGAUUAGCAAAUAACAGCCACAUCCUGUACUUAACAAGACUUAACAAGAGAGAGGGGAUUGUAGAAUUGAGGAGAAGCUGAUUCCUGGCUGCUAUUUGGGUCCCUACAAAUUAACCAUCACUGUGGAUUAAUAACAUCUGCCUUAUAUAGAUUCACUUUUAAUUGACUUGCUGGUACGCAGUCCAUUGUUCCAGUCAACUGUAGAUUGUAAUUUACCAUCUGAUUUAAGUCCUAUAUAUGGGAAACAUCUUUCUAUGGUAUUGGCAGAUUUCUAAUGGGAAUCCCAUUAAUUUAUUGUGAAAAUGUUACCUAACAUAAAGCAACCCCAAAGCCCUUAAAGACUUGUGAGGAUAGAUAAAAGGGCUUGUAUUGCAAUUAUGUUGUUGUUCAGUGCCUCCAUACAGAUAAGUCAUAACCUCUUGCACUAAUGUGAUUGUUGUUUUUUUACAUAUUUUGUAAUAGGUUUCUACCUUUUAAUGUACUUUGAAAAAGUCUAUACACUGGCUAAUUCUUUUAAAAAAAAUAUUGUGGCACUUCUCCACCCUGUCAGAGAAAUGUCGUUUUGGAGUUUGGGAAGGACUGUUGAAUAAAUGCAAAUGAAUUUGA